AUGAGUAAAUCAUUUAAACGUGAAGUCAGUGGUGGUAGAAAAAGAAAACAAAGUAAUGAAGAUGUAAUUAAUGAACAGAGAAUUUACGAUGAAUGGAGAGAUGAAUUGGAUAACUCUGACAGUGAGGAAAUAAUUACUAGAAAAAAUGACCAGGAAAAAGAAGAAGAAAAAAAGAAAAAACAAAGGCUUAAAGAAAAAUAUCAAAGACUCAAAGAACAGAAGGAAGAGGAGGAAAAAAGUGAAGAAGUUAUCCCUUUUAGAUUACCUCCUGAAUUAGUACAAGUCAGUGUUCAACAAGAGAAACCUUCAAAACCACUUCCAUUAAAAAAAGGAGAUACUGUCAGAUUCAAGAAUGAAUUUAUUCUUGGUACAAAUGGAAUAAAAGUAGGAGAAAAAGAAAAUAAAACAAUAAGAAUAUUAGAAUAUUAUGGGUAUGAUGAUAAUGUUUGGAAAGAGUCAUCAAGUGAAGAAGUAAUUAUAAUGAAAAAAGGUAAAAAAGAUGAGGUUAUUAGUCAGGAAGAUGAAAAAAAAUCUGCUUCAAAUAAAGAAAAUGAAGACGAAAAAGAAUAUACUUCAAGUCAAGAACAGGAUAAUGACAAUCAACUUAUUUCAAGUCAAAAUGAUGAAGAUGAAAAAGAAUAUACUUCAAAUCAAAAUGAUGAAGAUGAAAACAGAAGGUUUAACAGUCAAAGCUUUUGUGACAGUGAUGAACAAAAGCAAGAAGAAAAAGAAGAUGAAAUUCAAAAUCUACAUACAAAUGAAGAAGAACAAAAAGAUCAGGAUGAUUCAUUAACAUGUAAUGAUAACAAUGAAAGUUCAAGUAAAACUUCUUAUGAAAGUGAUUUGUAA